AUUACCAAUGGCAACUCCGACACGCCUCGUGCCAUCAUAUAGGGCGUUCGACCAUGCGAAGGACGACGCCGGGAUUGAGCUGAUUGAAUUUUCUAAUGCUGGACAUUGGGAGCGGAACUUUGUGACAGAUGACUUCGCAAGAGAGCACAUCGAGAAGGAUUUUUCAGUUUCCAAGACAAAUGAUUCUAAGCAUAAGGCGAGCGAAGGGAAUACCGAUAAUGUAAAACUCUUUCUCUCGAUGCGCCAAGGGGAGUAUUCUGGAGAGAUGUUACCUAUUCGAAUGGAUAGUAGUCUGUUUGAACGGAUUGCACCAUAUGCAAGAAUUCCCAAACCGUAUCUGGAGUUUCUGGACAACAGGUACGCCAUGUCAGUUUUUACCGUGCCGCAACUUCCCCCAUCUUUGUCAAAUACAUCAUCCAGAGACAUAAGGAAAGAUUAUAUAAGCUUCAUCAUCCAGUCAAUCCCCGGCGCAGCUCUGUACAUUUGUAUGGGCACGUCUUUCACAUAUCAUGUCCCGACUCGUACAAUGUAUAUCUUCAUGCAUGCACUGGCGAGUCCGACAUGCUCCGAACUCAUUACCCAGUUUUCGGAGGGUGCGGCGCAUUCAUCACCGUUGCUCAUACCUAGCCUCAUCAUUCGGCACAGCAUGACCCAUCGCACCGAUGCUGUUGACAGAUGGCACCAACACAUAUAUAAAUGUGAGCGAGCUUUCGGCAUACGCUGGGACUACCAAGAUAAUGCAGAUCGAACAGCGAUCGACUAUGCUGCUUUCAGUCGUGAUAUCAACGCGACUACAACCAACCUAUCGUACGCAAUAUGGUCUUGCAAAACGACUACACGGCAUCUAGCAUUCUUGGACGAGGUUGUGAAACACUACCGGGUGAAGGCAAUCGCGAGCGGACAUGAUGCAAAAGAAAUUGAAGAAACAGAGUAUAUGCUUCUCCAAACCCACGAGCAUUUACGGUCUUGGAACAGGAGCAUUGAGGAGCGUGCGGAGUAUCUUUCUAAAAGAGGCCAGGCACUGGCUCAGACUCUCUAUAGCCUCAUCACGCAGCGGGACUCUGCGAAUAGUCUCAGGCUCGCAAGUUCAAGUACGAAGCUCGCAGAAACGUCGCGUGAUGUUGCAAUUGCCACGAGUCGAGACAGUGCUGUAAUGCGAGUUAUCACUGCAAUCACGAUAUUCUUCCUCCCUGCAACGUUUACCGCUACAUUCUUUAGUACCACGUUCUUCGAUUUCAAGGAGGAAGGAAGUAAAUCGGUAUACUCGUGGUGGCUAUGGUUGUACUUUCUGGUCACUAUUAUCCUCACGGUUAUAGUCCUAGCUGGAACAUUUUGGAUGUGGAGAAAUAAAGAAAGAGAAAUAGCAGCCAGAUACGCAAAAGAGAAGAAUCAAUAGGUAUGAAAUAUCUCGAAGUCGCGAUGUCAAUCUUUCGGAUACCUCUUUGGACUAGAAGAUAACAACAACAAUAUGUUCGUAAUGGAAACGAGUACUGGUGUAUAAAAUUGAACCAAAG